AAGGUCCUCGGUACCAACUUCGUUGUCUUGUCAUUCUUUCUUGAACCAAAUUCGCUUCUUUUCUGUGGUCUAUUGUUAUUUUACUCCCUUUCUCAGCCUUCGCCAUGCGCUUCUCUACCACCUCUGCUGCCGUUGUGGCGCUUGCAGCCUCUUCCCAAGCCAUGAACAUCUCUGCAACUUCCGACCUUGACGGAUCUGUGUGGCAGGCCCUCGCUCCCGUUCAGGCCCGAACCUUUGAGGAUAUGCCCCGCAACCGUCCUAUCAAGAGACAAUCCGGCUGGAGCCCUCCCUCCAACAUCGUCACUCCCCUCAAGGAGGUUUGGGAUCACUGCAAGAGCACCUACUCUAACUUCUUUGGCUUCAAGAACUACGGUUGGGACCAGGUCAUCGCUACCAAGGGCACCAUCAACGUUUGUGUCCGCUGGGAAUCGAGUGCUUCUGUCACCGAAGCUCAGCGCACACAAGUCGCCAAAGCCCUCAACACUGCCCACCAGGGCUGGUACAAGUGGCUCUAUGGCUAUGAUAACUUCCCCUAUACCGACAUCAAGGUCAAUGUUGUCGGUUGGGCCGUUCGUGACAAGAGCCUUCUCCAGGGUUCUACAUCUGGUAUCGAGGUCUACACUGACAAAGACGCCGAAGGCAUCCCCCAGUGUGCUGAGUCUUGCGGUCGUUUCUUCAACCAGAACGGUGACUACAGCAAGUGCGCGGCCGGUGCUGACCGCCACUACGACCAGUCCCUCUGGCUCACCGAUGGCAUGAACGGUGGUGCUGGCGGCGACUGGGGCCAACGUAUUGGUCGCGAGUACUUCAUGGGCGCUCUUGACUCUGCUAGUGCCCACAUCCUUCAGCACGAGAUUGGCCACACCUAUGGUCUUGAUGACUACUGGACCCCCACUGGUGUUACCAGCUUCAUUAUGCUCGCUGGCUCUGCCGCUCAGAUCACCGACUUCGAUGGAUGGAUGCUCCGCAACUGGUGGUACGAGCUCUCCCGCGAGCGCGGCUGGCAGUCCGGCACCUCGAGCUCCGGUUCCUCCGGCUCUGCUGCCCCAGCGAGCACUGCUUCCGCCAAACCCACUGCCAAAGCCUUGAGCUCUGCUCCCGCUGCAGCUGCUGCUACCACUGCGGCCGCCGCCCCGACUCAACCCGCUAGCUCCGGAGCAACUGUUGGCGCAUGGGCUCAAUGCGGUGGUUCUGGAUACACCGGCGCCACAGCUUGUGUUUCCGGCUUCCAGUGUGUCAAGACCAACGAGUGGUACUCCCAGUGCCUCUCUGCAUGA